AUGAUCACCCGUGAACCUGAAAGCUCGUCGGUGGAGUUCCUUAUAAAGUCGGAAUAUGUCGAUAUCCGAGUUAAAGACGCUCACCAUAUGACGGCCCUGCACUACGCGGCUAUGAAGAACUACAAAAGAUUAAUCCGGUUCCUUACGACGAAUUCGCAGCACAAGACAUUGCUGAAUGCGCCAGAGAACCGACGAGGUGAUACUCCCUUGAUAAUUGCUGUUCGAUGUCAAAACGAAGAAGUUAUGCGACUAUUGUUGGACGCAGGCGCAGAUGCCAACGUGCUAAACGCUCACGGUGAAAGCGUUCUCUUCUGGACGAUCAAGCGCCAACAGCCAAAUCUAGCACGCAUGCUGCUGAACAGAGGAGCAGACCCAAACCAGAUUGUUCGGCAUGGCCUCACCCUACUGAUUUUGGCCAUCAUGUCGGGCUGUCUCGGCUCGGUGGCAGCAUUGCUAGAACAAGGAUGCGAUGUGGAGCAACCUGAUGGCCAGGGCCAUCGGCCUCUCGCCUGGGCCGUUGUUUCGGACGAUAUUGCAACUGCACGGCUCCUGAUCUCAUAUAAUACAAAGAUUUCUGUUUAUUCGAGUGGAGAUAGAGAAGAGCGCUCACCGCUUGUUUGGGCUGUGAUGAUGGGUAACGUGGAUAUGGUCCGUUUGCUGCUCAGCCAAGGCGCUGAUACCGAACAUACACAACUGGACCGCCGGGCCCCACUCAUAUGGGCCGUCAUCCAUCGUGAUAAGUCCGUGGCUGAAGUGCUUCUUCAGAGUGGAGCGCGCCCUAACGAAACCGACGGUAAUGGUCAAACAGCUCUUGCGUGGGCCAUAUUGAAUAGCGACAAAGAAAUGGUAGAACUUCUUCUCGAGUAUGGGGCUGAUGCCGAAGGAAUUCGAAGAAAUGAGUGGCUCGCAGCCUUUGUCCCUGGCGUUGAGCGUGAAAGAACAGUUUUAACUCAUUAA